UCAGACUCGUAGACGCACAACGCCGCUGCACUACCAACACAGAGGUGUCGAGCAACGCCUGACAACAAAACAUCUCACCGUGAAAACUACACAUCCUCAAGGCAGGCUACGGAGGGGUUUCCGCUGGACGGCCCAAGAAGCUGGGAGGGUUUUUUUUUGGGGUCGAAAGCAGCUAGAUGUUUGUGGAAGAUAAAGGCAUUUUGAGAGGUUUUUCUUACGCGGAGGAGGAUUUUUUUGUGUGAAGGAAAAAGAAAAAGGUGAAGAAGCGAAAAAUAAAACCAACUGCUGCGUCGAAAUGAGUUUGCUCAGGAUAAAAUAAUGAUAACUUAAAAACAUAAACUGCAAAGAAAACAGUAAGUUUGCGGACUGCGGCUAUUUUGCAUCAGACUCGGUGACAGAGGAGACUACUCUGCGGGAAUUUGCUUGUUGUUAGUGUCUGGCUGUGAUAUUACUCAGUGAUAAAAAGUGUCCCGGAGUAGCCUAGGAGUGGACGAGACGAUACUAGUGUGGAGCCGCUGCUGCUACCUGGAUGCAGAGAAAACACUGAAAGCUGUUCCGUAGACCUCCCUGCAGCCUCAGGGGACAUAGUCAGAUGUGUACCCAGCAUUCAGAACCCCGGGCCUGGCCGCGGGGAUGGCAGCCUCUGCCUUGAACCGUAACAGUCUUGGAGUCAUGAACAGCAGUAAUCAGUUUCACACCCAGCCAGGCUCCUCUAGCACCACCUCUCGAACCAGAACCAGCCCAGUGGCCCGGCCUGUGUUGCCGGUCCCUGAUCGAAGCACCUACUGUCAUUUACUGGGUGGAGGUCUCUACAGCCCAACAAGCCCUAAGGCGAGCCCCCGAUCUCAGGGCCAGACAUUCAUCUUCCCAGCUCCAUCCUCACUCUAUCCCAGUCCUACACGUCAUCCUCUCUCCCCUACAGCACGAAGUCCAGAGCGCCUGGGGGUCAAUGUGGGUCAGCGCGUCCGACGCCUGAGCGGUGAAGAGGUAGGGGAAGGAGACGGGCAGGAGGAGAGAGGAGGAGAGACAAGAGGAGGCGGGAGGCAAGAGGAGAGGAGACGUCAGGCACAGCUGCUGCAGAUCCACAGAGAGCUGCAGAACGUUGAGGUCAGGGGUAAAGUGGGCAUUUUUGAGGCUCACAUUUCUACAAUUCGUGCCCAGGUGCUUAAUACCGAGCUCCAGCGAAGCCCUCGGUCUUCCAGACGAGGAUCUAGUGAAACCCCUUCCCAUCCCAACCAAGGAAACAAAGUUCUUGAAAACCCAAUGACCCACCCACACGUGACUAAAGUUCCCUGUGUUGUCCAAAAUGGCAAAGAAGUGGAGGAAGGAAGGACAGGAGAAAGAGGAGGAGAAGGGGAUAAAGUCGGGGACAACAGUGCUACUAAAACAAAUAUGGAGAACAAGACACUGGUUGAACAAAAUGACUGUCACUCAGAAACAGCUGCGCAAACUCCUCGUGCUGACAGACUUUUUGUGCAUGGCUUACCUGAAGCAUCAACAAAAGAUGCAGGAACAGAUCAUGAGAUGAAAGGACAAGUGCUGAGAGAAAGAGAGGAAGAGAAAGAGCGACAAGAGAUGGAAAACAAACAAAUGGUUGGAGAUGACAAAGAAAGGACAGAUGAGAAUAAAGACCCGUGGUGUUCAAAAGUGCUGCUUCAGCCAGAGAGAGACAUGUUGGACGCUAACCCUGCAAAAGCCGUUUUACCUCAGGUUCAAAUCAGUGAGAGCCCCCCGUGCUUGCUGGACAUUGCUGAUCAUACCCCCAACCACUCUCCCUCCAUCCCUGCAGUCAUAAUAACUGACCACGGUUUAGAGACACAACUUCAAACUACUGAAGGCCCUAGCUCAGACCAGGGACUAUCCUGCUCCCCUAGCCCCUCUUCUAGUCCCAUUCCAAACUCCUCCUCUCGCAGGAAGCUGUCUUCUUCCUCCGCUUCCUCAGCUGGUUUCUCUUCUUCCUGGGAGGAGUCAGAGGAGGACAUUUCCAGUGAUACAGAGAAGGGAGAGCAUCUUCUCAACCCUGCUUUCCUCAGUUCUCAACAGAAAGCACACAAGUCAUGGAAGAAAAUAAAGAACAUGGUUCAUUGGUCACCAUUUGUCAUGUCCUUCAAGAAGAAAUAUCCAUGGAUUCAACUUGCAGGACAUGCAGGAAGUUUCAAAGCAGGAGCAAAUGGCCGCAUUUUAAAAAAACACUGUGAAUGUGAGCAGCGCUGUUUGUCCCUUCUGAUGAGGGAUGUGCUAUGCAAAUAUGUCCCUGGUUACCAUGGAGAUGUGGAGAAGGAUGGCCAAAAAUACAACCAGAUGGAGGAUCUGCUGGCUGAGUUUGACUACCCAUGUGUGAUGGACUGUAAGAUGGGAGUAAGGACCUACCUUGAAGAAGAGCUGACCAAAGCUCGUAAGAAGCCUUCUCCAAGACCUGAUAUGUAUCAGAAAAUGAUUGAGGUAGAUCCCGAGGCACCUACGUCAGAGGAAAACAACCGGAAGGCAGUGACCAAACCGAGAUACAUGCAGUGGAGAGAGACCAUAAGCUCAACAGCUACCCUAGGAUUCAGGAUUGAGGGAGUUAAGAAGGAGGACGGGACGGUCAACAGAGAUUUUAAGAAGACAAAGACGAGAGAACAAGUCACUGCAGCCUUCCAUGACUUUGUGAAAGGGAACAAGGACAUACUGAACUGUUACCUAACAAGGCUAAAAAAAAUCAGAAGCGCUCUGGAGAUCUCUCCAUUCUUCAAAACCCAUGAGGUGAUUGGCAGCUCCUUGUUAUUUGUUCACGACAGUAAAGGAAAGGCCAACAUCUGGAUGAUCGACUUUGGGAAAACCACUCCUCUUCCUCAAGGGGAAGAGCUGACCCACCGAAUAUCAUGGGUAGAGGGGAACAGAGAGGACGGCUAUCUUGUUGGACUUGAUAGUUUGGUGGACAUCAUUUUAUCAAUGGUAAACUCUGAGACUUGAAGUCUAGGAGUUUUUUUUUUUUUUUUCAAGGAACCAUUUGGACAUCAAACCAGUUCCAUUCAUUCUUCAUUCCUCUGGGGGUUUCCUCUUCCUCCUUCUUGAACUCUUCUUGGAAAUUGGCUGGGUUUUUCAUGUUCAGUCAUUACAGGAAAAACACUUAACAUUAAUAAUGGCUCAGUUUUUUGCUGUUUUGACACAUGUAAGUUUUUUUCAUGCUAAAUGUUAAAAUGUGAUAAAAGAACAGAUUUUACACUCAUAACUCUUGCAACACAAGCUUAUUAACAAAAUUCACCAUUUAAAAUCAAAAUAUAUGGAUCUAAAUUGGAGACUCUGCCUUUUUUUUACUGUAAAUAAAUUCCAUAGAAAGGCCAAAAUCAACAAUGUGUUAGCUAGAAUUUCACUAAUGAAACUCUGUUAUUAUUAUGCCUGUUGAUUUACACAUAUUUAAUGUCCCUAUGACACAAAAUAAAUUAGAGUACUCACUGAUUAUAAAGCAAACAUGUCAGCCAGUUGAGUAACAUCAGACUUUGUCAACAAGACAAUAUUUGCUGUUCAUUUUUUGUUUUUGGUUUUCCAUGGAAUUUUUUUAUAACUGGAACAUGAAGGAAAAUAAUAUGUCUGGAUGAAAAUGGAAAAAAGAAUAAUUUCCUUUUAUUUAUAAGAAAUUUGGAAAUGUGUGAUUUUGUCACUUCUUGGCUGUGCUUUAAAAAAGUAACGUAAUAUUUGUCUAAAUUGUUAAAACAUCAGCAGUUAUGUUUAUUAAAGGUGCAGUAAGCUCUAAAAAAAGUGAAAUGGAGCAUGCUAAAUCCUAUUUUGGGCCCCAAAGUGGCAUUCAUGAAGAUCUCAACCUUGCUCAACCUUGCUCAAGUUAAACUCCUACUUCUCAAGGAGGUAACCAAGUACCUUCUCUGCAACUCUAACUGCUCCUUCUUGUUAUAUUUUCCCCUGCAAUAUUUUAAACUCUUGUGCUGCCAAAAAAUGCUGAAAAUGACUGUUGAUUUAACUUUUUCUAUGCAUUUCUGAUUAAGGACAAGUAUAAAUUCGAAAUCGUAUUUCCUGUGAAUACGUCAUAGGAAAACUCAAUUCGUGCAUUGCCAUUAAAAUUAUUGUUUUUUUCCAUAUAAACCUGCAGAAAUAUGAAAUAUUAGCUCUUUUUGAAAAAAAAAUCACUUUUUUGUAUAUUUUUGUAAAAUUUUUGAAUGUCUGUAGGGAUCUUAGUGGGUUGAUAUGACUAUAUAGUGUUUGACAUAAUUGGGCUACACUAGAUACAUGAUUUCUCUGUCCUAUGGUGUUUAUUAGUUCAUGACUUCCGAAAAAACAAUCCAAAUCUAAUAUGUUUGAACCCUUUGACCAAAUCACAAACAUUUAAGCGAUUCUUUGGAUAACUAAUGUCGUAUUUCCUCACCUCCAUUCACUGAAUCUCCCGUUUGGAGUGAUAUCAGGAUGACUGAUAAUAUAAAUUCUUUUCAUUUUUUUUUAUCAUUGUUUGAAGGCUGAUGAAUUUUAAAAAAGCUAAUAAAAAGCUAAAUCAUCAGCAGAUCCUACCCCGUAGCUGCAAGAUUAAGUGAUGUUCUAUGUUCUGUGCUUUCCACAACCUUUUAUUACCAAAAUCUGGUGCCUUGCUAACAAAUUUUGCAAAUCUGCCAACUUGCAGUCAUGCAAUGCUUCUAUUAGCGGACCAUAGGCUCCGUUGCUAUUGUGUCGCCUCAUUUAGGGAUUGAUAUUUACUCUAAUACAUUUAUUAAGAUACAAAUUUUUGAGAUUGCCACUUUAAAUGCUUUGAUUUGGCUCCAGUCCCUGUUUUUUUUUUAUCUCUUUGCUACCACCUCAGUCACCAUCUAACUAAAUCUCAGCUUUAUUUGAUCCUGUUGAACUUAAUUUGAACACAUUACCAAUUUCUUACAAAAUAUGCACUUAUUACAUUGUUUGUGCUAGAGGCUGUACAAUUAAAUGUGUGUGUUUUCCUAAUCAAAACAGAUUGAAGCUAUUUGGAAAGAAAACAUAAGCUGUUUUUGCUUGUGUCUAGACAUUCACACUGAGUUUAGAUGCUGUAUAUUGGUGUACAUUGCUUGCUUCAUAAUAGUCUGGCAGUAAAUGGCAAAUAGAUGGCUUUAACAAAAGUACAAAUCUCAGCAGAUGUAUUAUGUUAUGGAGAGAAUUUGUUUCAGUGUAACAUAUGUGCUGCAUCCAUAGUUCUUUUUUUGACAAACACUCGACAUGUUUGUCUCACUUUGCUGAGACGGCUCACACUGUACAGUAAUGUUUAUUUAGUUCAGUGAAGUUUUUUUCUUUAAUAUAACAUUAUUGUAGUGAAAUUGUGUGGAACACUUACAGCCAUGAACAAUCUUAUUUAAGCUAUACAGUGCCUUGACAUUUAAAAAGCCAAGUCAGAUAACUGAAAAUCUGUCUUUUAAUGUUAAAAUGUUUUUUUUCUAGUCCUAAAUGUGGAUUUUGUGUGUUUAGGUUUAACAAUGGGUGCAUGUAUAUUAUCCUCUUAAAUGUUUGUUCUUAAUUUGUAGUUUGCUUUUCUUUUAUUUAAGGCAUGUUACCUUUGGGUUUACCUUGGAUAUUUGGGAUGUUAACUUGUUUUGUCCUCAAGCAUGUGUUACAAUAUGAGUGACAGUCAAACUGUAUGCCUGUAUGGAUGGGAUAUAGCAGCUGUUAUUUAAACAAAGGUUGUAGAGAUGAGGGAGAAAUCUCUAAUAAUGUAACAGGUUCUUGAUGACAAUUAAAACUAUAAAAUGUG